AUGCGCUUCUUCUCUACUCUUUCGCUCUCAGCGCUUCUUACUCUCGGCAAUGCUGCUGCCAUUGCCAAAGAUGCCAAGACCACCGUGCUACCUGACACUGAUUACGAUGCUGUCGUUAUCGGAGGUGGGCCUGCUGGUCUUUCUGCUCUGAGCGGUCUUGCUCGUGUGCGUCGAAAUGUUCUUCUUCUUGACAACGGUCUAUAUAGGAAUGGACCUACGAGGCACAUGCACGAUGUCAUUGGCUUUGAUGGCGUCCAACCUGCGUACUACCGCUACGAAGCGCGCAGACUCCUCUCGUACUACGACACUGUCAAGAUGGAGAACGCCACUGUGACAGAUAUCGAGAACAAGGGCAAGAAUGGCAAUUUCACUCAAUUCUCCCUGUCCGUUGACUACCCCGGUCAACCUACCAAGAAGAUCACAGCCCGCAAGAUCGUUCUCGCAACCGGUCUCCAGGACAUUCUUCCCUCCACCCCCGGCGUUGCUGAGAACUGGGGCAAGGGUAUCUUCUGGUGUCCCUGGUGCGAUGGUCACGAGCAUGAAGAUCAACCCCUAGGUCUCCUUGCCCCUCUUAACAAGAUCGCUGGCCUGGUCAGAGAAAUGGCUACGCUCAACAGAGAUGUGUAUGCCUUUGUCAACGGAACAGACAACAGCACUACACAAGCUCUUGCAACCAAAGACCUUCCCCAGUGGAAACAAUAUCUCCAGCUUCACAACGUCACAGUCGACAAUCGAACUAUCAGCGAAAUCAAGCGCAUCAAGAGCGGCGACACACACGACGCCGAUCCCAGCCUUCCCUCAGUUCCCGAAUUCGAUCUCUUCAGAGUUGAGUUCACAGAGGGUAAGCCCGUUGAGCGCGCUGCGUUCCUGACCAGCUUCGCUGACGAGCAGCGCUCUGAUGUUGGCGAGAAGGCUGGUGUUGAACUCGUCGGUGGAAGACUUCAGGCGAACGCUUCCGCGGGUCUUAUCACCAACGUUCCCGGUAUUUACGCUAUUGGCGAUGCUAACACAGAUGGUACUACCAAUGUUCCGCACGCUCUGUUCACCGGCAAAAGGGCUGCCGUAUUCUUGCAUGUGCAACUUGAAAGGGAAGCUCAAGCGGUUGAACUUGCUGGCGUGUCAAAGCGAGAUGAGCUCCAAGAGAGGGAUGUGUGGGAGAUCAUGAACGAGAAGCGAGGCGAGAUCCUUUACGCUGGAGAGUUUGAGCAAUAA